AGUUCAUGGACGGUCUUCCAUCAGAACACAGAGCCUAACUCCCUAGUGAUAAUUAAAGUGUUGCUUUACCUCUAACUGCAGGAUAAAAAAAAUUUGACUUUACAAAAAAGACAAACUAUUCAAAGAAACCAUAUCAGAUAAAUAUAUUUUAGAGACGAACUUUAUACAGCGGAAAUCUACACAAGUUACAUCUAUUACAACAACAAGAAAUCGACAUGAUUCGCGGAGUUUCAACCCGUAUCUCUCAACUGAGCAAUGCCACCAAUGUAGUGAAAAAAUCAUGGAGAAAGCAAUGUGUUCAACUUAUAAGUACAAAAAGUCAGUUUAAGUAUUUGGAGGAAUGUGUUUACCCGCCGGAGAAUGGUUUCGAGCAAAAUUCGCUCUACGGAAGAUCGCUGCAGGUUCCGCACACAACGGUGGAUCAGUACAUAUGGGAGCACUUCGGCCAGUGGGCGAACAAAACGGCCGCGAUAUGUGGUGUAACGGGCCGAAGCUAUACGUACGGAAAAUUGCGAGACCACUGUGCAGCAUUGGCCAUUCGUCUGCAGCAGCAAUGCGGACUCGGAUAUAGUGAUACGUUGGCAAUAUGUCUUCCCAACGUCCCAGAGUUCCCAGCGAUAACACUCGGCGCUAUAGAAGCCGGCUUGAUAGUGACUACAAUCAAUCCCAUCUACACGGCUGAGGAAAUUAGCAAGCAACUAGUUGACAGCAAUACUAAAAUACUUUUUGGAACUGCAGCAAACUAUACAGUAUUAAAGCAAGCAACAAACUUAGCACAGCGCAAAAUCCCAAUAGUUUGCGUUCGAACAAGUAACGACGACCUACUGCCCGAAGGUGCUAUUGACUUUGCGGAGCUUUCAAACCCUACCGGAGUACACUUCAGCAGUCUACAGCAUCAUCGCCGUGAUCCGGAGGACAUCGUUUUCCUCCCGUACUCUUCGGGUACAACAGGCCUACCGAAGGGCGUUGAAUUGACACACACCAACAUUGUUUCCAAUAGUGAGAUGCUAAAAGUCAAAGCCGGAAAGACCAUCUUGAUAUACCCUACGACCGACACGUUCCAGGAUGUUCUACCUUGUGUUUUACCGUUUUUCCACAUCUACGGUUUGACGGUAACCAUGCUGUCUAAAUUGCAGCAAGGCUGUAAACUGGUCACACUUCCAUCGUUCCGACCGGAAACAUUCAUUGAUGCUCUGUACAAACAUAAGGGAACGGUACUACACGUAGUUCCGCCGAUUGUGAUGUUCAUGAGUCAACACGAAAUUGUCAAACCGGAGCACUUGGAAUCGGUGAGAAAUGUUUUCUCCGGAGCUGCACCGAUGGGCGCACUGGAUGCGCAAAGGCUGAUUGCCAAAGCCCCGGAGAUUGUAUUUGCUCAAGGCUACGGACUAACGGAGACGUCUCCCGUCGUGUUGAUUGGACCUUUGGGCAGCGAUAACUAUUCCUCUGUGGGAUCACCACCGCCCAGAACUCAGGCGAAGAUCGUUGCCUUGGAUGAUCCCAACAACACGGCUCUCGGUCCAAAUCAAAACGGAGAGCUACUGGUGCGUGGACCGCAAAUCAUGAGAGGUUAUCACAAUAACAAGCAAGCCACUGACGACAUAUUUGCUGAAGGCGGUUGGCUUCGUACAGGAGACAUUGCAUACUAUGACGACCAAUUACAGUUUUACAUCACCGAUCGACUGAAGGAACUGAUUAAGGUUAAAGGCUUCCAGGUAGCACCAGCUGAAUUGGAAGAAAUCUUACGAGAUCACUCCGAUGUCGCGGAUGCUGCAGUUGUGGGUCAAUCACAUCCGAUUUCGGGAGAGGUACCACGCGCUUUCAUCGUGAAAAAGAAGAACGCUAAAGUUUCCGAAAACGAUCUAAUGAAGUACGUCGCCGACAAAGUAGCUGUCUAUAAAAAGCUGGAAGGUGGAGUGACUUUUGUCGACAGUAUCCCCAAGAAUGCGUCCGGUAAAAUACUUCGGCGUAAGCUCAAAGACGAAUAUUGCGGCUGAGCAAUCUGCAGAGAAAUAAUUAACGUUAGUGUUUAGAUCAUAUCUGUUAGAUUUAAAAUGGCAUAUAGCAUUCCUUUGAUAACACUCUCAACCUUACGUAUGAGAUAAUUUGCAUAUUUCGGAUAACAGCAAAAGAAGAUACGUAGUGCCCAUUUUUCAAUUUGCUCUAUGCCCAAGAUAUUUGUAUUACCUGAGAUCUCCAAACCAUGCAAUUAAUCGCAGGGCAGAUGAUCUGAUUUUACGAAUUUGUACAAGUGUAAGUCAUAGGUUCACUGGGUUGCGCGAGUGAUUAGAAUAAAUUUUGUUAACUACUAUCUAAUACAAUAAAGUGUGUCCGUUUUGAAGUCUGAUAUUUCCUGUAAAAA